GCCAUGUUCGACAGCUUUCGGUCGUAUCCCACAACUGAUCUGGCAACCUCAGUUCUGUUUAAAACAUGCAUGUGUUGUGAGUUAUAUUCGCUUCGUGAGUGAAAUGCUUGAGAAAACUAUUUUUAAUGUUUUUCUAGUUAUAAACUGAUGUGUUAAACAGUGAUAAAUAACCUCUACAAAGCAUCUUCGAAGGGAAUUCUUCACAGGAAGUUUGAAGAUGCCUCUGUGGUUUCUUUUAAUAUUCUUGUGUGUGAUCCCUUUUAACUGCUGUUCAAACAUUGCGAAAGAAGAGUGCAAACAAAACUGGAAUAAUUACUGUCAUUUUAAGAAUUCAACUAUAAUUUGCUGUAAUAUUACAUCAUAUUCUUCAUUCAGAGAAAGUCUUUUUCGUUGCCGAAGUUCAAAAUUUAAUGUAACAAGUAUUCGCAUCCAUAAUGCAACUGUCGAAAAUUUUGAUCUACGGCUGGAAGAAUGUACAAAGCUCGAGUCAUUGUCCAUUAUAAAUGGAAAAAUCAGUAAAUUUCAGAGUAGAUUUAGUAACAAUAAUCUAACUUCUAUGAACUUGUCAGGAAAUGGUAUUAUUGAUAUUGGCCCAGAAACUUUUAAGAAACUUAGCAGACUGAGGACUCUUGAUGUAUCCAGAAACAAUUUGACUAAGAUCCCCAAAAUAAUACUGGAUAAGGAAAAGGAGUUUAUCCUCGAUAUAUCACAUAACAAAAUCAAGUGCAAGGAUAUCUCCAAUCUUUUGAUCAAAUUAAAAAACAACAGUACAACAACAAAUUUAACGUUUAAAAACCGUGAUUCUACCAGCUGCUUAACUGAAAGGUCCUUCCAUUGGUUUAAUUCUACUGAUGUCAUGCUUCUAUCUCAAAUAGAAGAACAAACAAUGUUAGAUGAAGCUUGUCCAAGUGGAAUGAAUUCCAGUUGUACCUGCAGGGCAUAUUGGACUGACUAUCUUUCAAGUAAACCAGCUGCUAAGUUCAGUGUCAACUGUUCAAACUUGCAAUUAACUGAACUUCCACCACUUCCUGCGAAUAUAAUAUAUUUGGAUGUAUCCAAUAAUCAAAUUAAAUCAUUAGAGCUAUUGUCAACAAACAAGAAUUAUUCUGAAGUCAGAGAAUUUAUAGCUGAUAAUAACAAAAUUGAGUCUAUUGCUAUCUUGGAAGGAUCUCAAUUUAUAGACAACUUUAAUGUUUUAAGUCUGCGUAACAACCAAAUCAAAUCAAUUCCAACUUACAUCCUAUCCAAUGCAUUUGAUAGAAAUAAUUUUCACCAAAGGAUUGUGAAAUUUGGAGAAAAUAGAUUAAAUUGUGAUUGCGGUACAGCUUGGACUAAAAUGUGGCUGUUAAAUAAUAAGAACUAUAUUCAAGACUACGAUGAAGUCCAGUGUGACAGGGAUUUUCAAAGGGUCAUAGACAUUGAUCCGAGUAAAAUUUGUAUUCAUGAAAAAGAUUUGACUGACUACAUCUACUACAUCAUUGCUGGAGAAAUUCUUCUGUUGCUCCUGUUAAUUAGUAAAGUAACAUACGACUAUUGGGUCUUCAAGUCUUCCGGCUACCUUCCCUGGCCGGCUUCGAAGAUGCCUAAAUUACCUUGUGAUUGGUGUUUCGAAACAUGAAAUCUGGGAUCAUCCAGAUCUUGAUGAACAGAAAAAAAUAUUAUCUCAUAAACAAUGGGUUGGUCAAACUGUGCUGUGAUAAAGAAAACAAUGUUUUAGUUUAUUUUAUUAAUAUGUACCUGCUCGUUUGAUUUAUAAUUGAAUUAUAAUAUGCUAAACAGUGGUUUGUGUCUUUUUGUUAUUUUUUCUAUUUUUGUUAAUAAUUUUAUCAUGACAGGAAAUAUAAUUUAAAAUAUUCAAAUGGUACUUUU